AGAACAUAAUUGCACUUCCUGCUGUACUUGUUACUUUUACUGUUCAAAUGUUUUCAUAUGAGAAAAAUGAAACUUUGAACAUUGACGCAUCCAUUCUUCUCAGAAUUGCAGUAGUUUCUCACGUUUAUUGGAAAAUACUUACAAAUAAAUAUAAAGUAACCCUGGAAAUAUGUUUAUGAGAACUCGGGUGAAUGUUUACCACAUCCUGCAGGUUUUCAUGGAAGGGUGAAUAAGCUUUGAUGGACAUGUUUUAAUAUCAAAACCACACCGAGGGAUUAUGUUUUUCUGCUAUUUAUUUACAGUAGAAACUCAAAGGUUGUAAAAUUCAUACGAUAUACAAAUUUUAAAAGGAUAAUUGCAUUGCACGGCUAAAAUGUACAAGCAGUACAAAAUGUUGGUGUUGAUAGCGAUGCUACUCAAUGUAACAGGAUUAGUAAGAAGUAGUACAGUGGAGGAACGGUUAAAUGUCAUGGAACAAAAAGUUAGGAUACAUACACUACAGCUGGCCUACUGGGAACAAGAUUAUGCAACCUUCAGACGAGACAUUACAAAAACCCUUGAAGAAAUUAAAAUUCAGCUGGUCGACGCACACACAAAUAAGUCUUCAAAUAAUGAAACACCACGGGAAAAAAUCAGCAAUGAAGGUAAAGAUAACCAGAACUAUGAAGCUGUAAUGAAAGGCUUUGCGACAGAGAAGAAACACAAUCAAGAGGUUGAGAAAAGGAUGACGAACAUUGUAGAGUCUGCGAGCAAGCAGCAAGAUGCCCUGAACAACAGGUUAUCCACUGUUCAAGAAAAAGUUGAACAUAUUCAUUCAAGGAUGAAUAACUUUGAAGAAGAAACCUCAAAGCAAAAGAUAUUCAAUGAGAAUCUCGGUGAGAAAGUUGAAAGUAUUGGAAAGGUUACGCAAGAAGUUGGACCAAUCAAGAAUGAAAUGAGUUUGAUCAACAUUAAGAUAUCAGAUUCAAACAAACACAUGAUAAGUGAAUUAUCGAAGCUGGAUUCAGUCAACAACACACUUCAUGCUCUGAAAGUUGCGCUUGAAGAUGAAAGAACACAAAGAGCCAACGGAAUAUCGCAUAUAGAACAACAUCUGAACAACAAGGAGGUGGCAUUUUCCUCUAGACUAAGUAAAAGUAUAGAAGACCUGCAGGCAUGGCAGACGAUCGUGUUUGAACAUGUGCUAACAAACAAGGGAAACAGUUACUCACGAAGCACCGGGAUAUUCAAGGCACCAAGGAGAGGGAUAUAUGUGUUCUUUACACAUAUUAUGGGAUCAUCAAGGGUUAAUGAAAUUUCUCUACAAACGAAUGGCAAAAACUCAAUGUAUUUAUAUCCAGCAGGGGCACCUUAUGGAACCGAUGCGAAUUUGGUUGUUUUAGAACUGGAUGAAAAUGACGAAGUGAAAGUUGUAAAGCACGGGCCUUGGGGAGGGAAACCGUUCUAUGUGCACCAUGCCUGGAGCUCUUUUUCGGGAUUUAUGCUUUACUCACUGUAGAGUAAGUCUCUUAGUUUGUUCCAAAGCAUUAUAUGGAUACUACACGGACACAAUAAACUGUAUGUUUUCAUACCAUACUUUUUGAAUUUUGUUUGAUAUAUUUAGUAAUAAAAUAUUUAAUUUAGAAAUUAAA